UUGGAAAAGCGUUCUUUGGUGAAACAAGUUAUAAGAAGAGUUUCGUUACGAAUUCCUUGCGGUUGCUAUGGAGAGUACGUGCGUUGGCACUUGACUGCUGGCGAUCGUUUACCAUUGACAACAGUCGGCCUGCUCGGAGUGCAUUUCUGUGUGUGAUCAAACCAGCGCAACACUCUACAGAGAGUACGCACGGUGUGUGCCUUUCUUGAAUAAUUCAUCCGGUUCGGUGUGUCGUCGAGUGAAAGACGGAUAAAUCGAUCGUGUGAUUUAACUGAUAGUUUGCAAAUGAAAUAUUGCACGCUUUGCUAAAUUUAUGCAUUUGCUAUGAAAGCGAAUUUUACUUUUCGACACCCAACACAAUGCCGACCAAUCUUGUGAUAUUUCGGUCCUCCGUAGACAAAAAAAAGGAGGUCGCGAUCGGGGUAGUGAAGGUUGCAACGAAGCUCUGCAACGAAGUGGUGUGGUGGAAGAGAGUUGAGGAAAAGGAAUGACAACGAGGGAAAAUCCGGUUGCAGCUGCUGCAUGUGCGAUGAGAAAAAAGGGCAACGAGCCGGCAAACAGCUGGCGGCCUAAUGUUGCUUUCGGCAUUAGACCAGAUGUAAUGUAUUACUGAUGAAGCUCAUUCGGCAUUGGUUUUUCGACGACAAAUGAAAUUGAAGAUGCAUGCAAUUUUCCUCUUCCUCCGAAAGGGUCGCUUUGUUCGCCGAAGUUGCCCGAGACCCAUUGAUUGUUGUGGCACCUCAUUAUCCCCUAGACGCAACCCGUAAAUGGUCCGAUAAAAAGUCAGGAUAAAACCUAACCUAGCCCACGGUGUGGCGCCGUAUAGUGUGGGCAUGGUAGUAAACAAGCGAAACCAGUUAAAUGCCAGUUCCACGAAGAAUCCAGUUUGAUCUAGCACAAGAAUUAUGAUGCAAACCCCUGGUGGAGAUGAAGCAUUGUCAGUGCAAUUAAAAGAUAAAAUCUAGUAGACGGUGCUCGGCGGGGAAGUGACGAAAUAAGAUUAGCGGUGUGAAGGAAUGUAAAUAUUCUUCAGCCUUUUAAUCGCACCGGUAUGCUAAAUAUAGGCGACGAUGCGCGAUAGUCUCCGUCUCCGUCCUCGUGCGACCAACGUGUGUCAACGAAAGGUAUCAGCCGGACUGCAAACAAUGGUGAUGAACGUGUUGGCUGCUAAACAUAAAAGCUUGUAUGUGGCAAUAAUACACACGCCAUUGACACGUAUGCAGAGCCACCAAUUCCCAUCCACAAACCAUCCCUUACCUGUAUCAGGUGCGUUGAUGUCGCCGGGGAAUGCUACGUGAAGUCCGUUGAACCGUCGACGUGCAGCAAACGAAGACACGCGACCCCACCGGUUUCGUUCGUUCUUCGAUUUCAAAGGGCUUCUGGCUGCGAUCUCUCAUUACAUCGAAGGAGGAACGGGCACGGAUGAAUUCGCGACCUGUUUUUUGUUACCCUGCGGACACAAAACGGACCCCAUUGCCAAGCAUUUUCGUCCAACAAUUGUACUGCGGUGUGUCUUUGUGUGACUUCUGAACUUUUGUGUACGAUUCCACCCUCAUCAAUCCUCCGGUGAAAGAUGUCGACCGGCCUAGCAGGAUGGAUAACAUGCCGGCAAGUGUUGAACAUCAUGGUUAUCUUCGGCUUCAUGCUGAACUAUGCUCUGCGUGUGAACUUCACGAUUGCCAUUGUGGCUAUGACGAAAACGAUCGUGAACGUAGCUACCGGUGGAGAUGAUACUACCGGUUUGAACGUGACCGAUACAACGGUGGCCGAUUUGUCCACCACAACUGAAUCGUCCGUUAUCAAUGAAGCGGAUAAAUUUGAAUGGGAUGCCCGUCAGCAGAACUUGAUGCUUGGCAGCUUCUUCUGGGGUUACGUGCUGACGGAGCUGCCGGGUGGUCGAUUGGCCGAAAUUAUCGGCGGUCGUCGCGUCUUCGGUUACAGUAUGUUGUGGGCCAGCUUGCUUACCCUGCUUACGCCACUCGCUUCCAAUACGCACUACAUCGCCGUGGUGAUUCUGCGUGCUGUGCUCGGUUUCUUCCUCGGUGCUUCGUGGCCAGCGAUUCAUCCACUGACGGCCGUUUGGAUUCCACCGAUGGAUCGGUCAAAGUUCAUCGCCAACAUGAUGGCUUCCUCGUUGGGUGCUGCUAUUACGAUGCCGAUCUGUGGAUUCCUGAUCGCAACGAUCGGAUGGCAGAGCGUGUUCUACUUCACCGGCGGUCUCGGUCUGCUGUGGUCGGUCAUUUGGUUCAUGGUGGUGUUUGAAACACCUGCAUCGCAUCCGCGCAUUACGCCCGAGGAACGGAAUGAAAUCGAAUCGGCCAUCAAUGCUGCCGGCAAAAAGAAGAAACCAUCGUACGUGCCGUGGAAGUCGAUUAUUACCUCACCACCGGUUUGGGCUAUCAUUCUCACCCACGGUGCGUCCGUGUUUGGGUUCUUCACUGUGGUCAACCAGCUACCAACGUACAUGAAGUAUAUUUUGCAUUUCAACAUUAAGGAGAACGGACUACUAUCGUCCUUGCCUUACUUUGGAAAGUAUGCAAUGGCUGUGAUUUCAUCGCAUUUAGCUGACUACUUGAGGAAAUCGGGCAAAUUGUCUACUACCGCCACUAGAAAGAUCUUCACCGCCUUCGCUGUGAUGACUCCCGGGUUCUUGAUGAUCAUUCAAGUGUACAUGGGCGAGCAUCGUUCGUGGGCGGUCGGUAUCUUCACUCUGUCCCUCUUCCUGAAUGGUGCAGUUACAGCAGGAUACCUUGGCAAUGGGCUGGACAUUGCUCCGAACUUUUCCGGUACCAUUUUCGGCAUGGCCAACACUCUGUCCUCGUUUGGAGGCUUUGUUUCAGCGUACAUGGUUGGUGUGCUCACCAACGAAAAUCAAACUUACGGUCAAUGGCAAAUUGUGUUCUGGAUUCUGGCCGUGGUGUACAUUACGGGUUCCUCUGCGUACGUGAUAAUGGGUACGGGUGAGCUGCAGGCCUGGAACAAUCCCCCAGAGAAGGGUGACGGUAAUGGCGAAACGGAGGAAGGUGUGCCACUUAACCAACGCAACCAGGCCGCGGUCAAGUAAUGCGUCAGAAACGCAUAGCGUUUUGAUACUUGAAUAACAAGCGUGUGGUGUCUUUUGGGCGACUGAAGGUAAUAAGCAGAUGCUCGAUUAGCGCCGCAUUUGUGCUAUUAUGCCGCAACAACAACAACAACAAAAAAAACAAUCGACAAAAGAAUUUCAAAAAGUGGUGGUGCAUGCGUGUGUUCCGUAGCAAAAGAUAUUGAAGACAUAGGGAUACAGAUUUGUCGUAGCAUUUAAUAACUUAUUGUUUUAAAACACAUCUGUAGACAGUGAGCCCCUUGAGUGCGCAAAUGCUGUAUUUAGUAUCUUGUUGCCGAAGGUUUAUUGUUACUGUAGAACGGAUUAGCCGAGUAUCUAAGGGCGUUGUUCUUUUCUGGCAGUAGAAGAAAACAGGAACAUGUACACAGGAACUCGUCCGAAGGAACGAUAGCAAGAGGAACGAUGUUGUAUCUGGUUGAUUCAGGGGUUUGACUUAAUUUUAAUGUACAAAGCCGCUUGGGCGUAAGAGCGCGUAUCUCCGGCGAGGAAAGCGCGUAUGUGUGUGGCAGAUUUCAUGAAGCGGGCGAAUGGACUCCGUGAGAGGAAUGAACAAUUUUCAUGUUUUAAUGAAAAUGUCGCAAUUGAAUCGAACGAACAUGACCGAGAAAGCCGGUUUGAGUCGGGCUGGUAUGAAAGAAGCAAGCAGCCGGAACUCAAUCGCUUCUCAUUCUUCUUCCCUCAGAACCGAACAGUCCCUUGGCUUCAUGAACUCGGUUGCAUACGUGUGCGCUUUCUCAAACGAGAUGGUAACAGAGUAGAUUUCUAUGAACGUGCCUUUUACAACACAUUGUUUAUCGCGUGUAAAGUGAAAUGAGAAUCUUGUUAAAGCUAGCAGGUUAUAAUAUGAGUGUUUAGGUCAAUAUGGUCAACAUGACCCGCCACAUUAACUCUGUACCCACAGACAGACAUCGGUCGAAGGAAUCAGUCUACUUAAACUUUACAGAGACGGUACUUGAUAUUUUAUUUACAAUGUUUUUUGUGUACCAAUAUACAUACACACUAGCGCGUGUACUGAACUCAUUUUAAAUAUAAUGAACAAUAAAGUAAAUGUUUACGUGGAGAAGACUA